GGAUCGGUCCUGCGUGCGGUUUUUAAUAGGGGGGGACGUAAACAAAACUCCUUGAACCCUCCUCUUCGAUCGGGAGGAGGCAAUUCCUCAUGCGUUUAGUUUAGUUGCUCGUUAAUUUUGGACAUCAUGGAAGUGAUUCGGACACCCAAAGUUGAGAAUGUCCGCAUGCUGGACCGCUUCAACAGCCGAAAAUCAUCCACCGGAUCUCUGUACCUAACAGCCACUCACCUGAUUUUUUUCGAUCCCGACCGCAAAAAGGAGACAUGGAUCCUACACAUGCACAUUGCUUCUAUAGCCAAGCUGCCCAUCUCAGCCACGGGUACCCCACUCCAGAUCAGGUGCAAGAACUUCCUCUGCGUAACCUUCCUCAUCCCCAAGGAGCGAGACUGCCACGACAUCUUCAUGUCCUUGCAGCAGCUCUCCCAACCCUUGCACAUUAACGACCUGUACUGUUUCCACUACACCGCCUCGAACGAGGACCUCACGAGGUCUUCGGGGUGGACCAAAUUCGACUUCCAGUCCGAGUUUCUGAGGAUGGGCGUCCCGAACAACUACUGGGCUGCUACCAAGAUCAACCAAGAUUACGAGAUAUGCGACACCUAUCCGCGGUACCUGUAUGUCCCAUCUGUGGCGAGCAAGACUGUUCUGGUGGGCAGCAGUCAGUUCCGGAGCAAGGGCAGACUGCCUGUUCUCUCUUACCUCAAUAAGAACAUGGCGGCGAUCUGCCGUUGCAGUCAGCCAUUGUCUGGGUUCUCGGCUCGCUGCGUGGAAGACGAGCAACUGCUCAACUGCAUCCUCAAGUCAAACCCUACUUCCAAAUUCAUGUAUGUGGUGGACACAAGACCUCGGAUCAAUGCAAUGGCUAACAAGGCAGCUGGGAAAGGCUACGAGAAUGAGAACUUCUACGAGAACAUAAAGUUCCAGUUCUUUGGCAUUGAGAACAUCCAUGUCAUGCGCAACAGCCUGCAGAAGCUCAUUGAUACGUGUGAGCUGAGUGAGCCGACCAUGAACUCGUUCCUCAAUGGCCUGGAGUCGAGCGGAUGGCUGCGCCACGUGCGGGCCAUCAUGGAGACGUCGUACUUCAUCGCCCGGGCCGUGGAGGACGGCGUGAGCGUGGUGGUGCACUGCUCUGACGGCUGGGACCGCACCGCCCAGACCUGCUCGCUCGCGGGGCUCAUGCUCGACCCUUACUACCGCACCAUCGUGGGUUUCCAGGCUCUGGUGGAAAAGGACUGGCUCUCGUUCGGGCACAAGUUCACGGACCGCUGCGGCCUGGUGCAAGGGGACGUGCGGGAGGUGGCCCCCGUGUUCACCCAGUUUGUGGACGCCGUCUGGCAGCUCACCCACCAGUUCCCUUCGUCGUUCCAGUUCAACGAACGCUUCCUGCUCACCAUCCACGACCACGUCUACUCGUGCCAGUUCGGCACCUUUGUUGGCAACUGCGAGAAGGACCGCCUGGACCUGAGGCUCAGCUCCAAAACCUACUCGCUGUGGGGCUACCUGAGCAACCACGUCUCGGAGUACAUCAACCCACUGUUCAGGGCCGACACAGAGGAGGUGCUACAUCCGUCCCUCGCUCCGCAGGCCAUCAGGUUCUGGCGGGGCAUGUACAACCGCUUUGAGAACGGAGUGCACCCUCGUGAGCCCCUGAGUGACAUCCUGGCUGCCACAAAGGAUCACAUCCUCAGCCUCGAGGAUCAUGUGCAGCUCCUGGCCAAGCGCAUAGCUCAGCUGAGGGACCUCCUGGGGCAUGCUGACACCCCGAGCAAGGAUAUGGAUUCUGUGAUGGGAGAUUCGCUGACCGGGGACGAGAUUGACGGCUUCGAGACCAACGGCUCCUCCAAGCCGGCCUCGGAGGGGGCCGUGAGCGUGCGGGACUCUGGCUUCGGGGACAACGACACGGCCUACCAGGACGUCAGGGACCUCGAGAUGAGGCUGCACAACUACAAAUCGGGAGAUGGUUUCGAUUCUUCAGUGGUUCAGAAGCUGAUGGAGGAAUUUGAGUCUGUGGCCCUGGACUGGAAGUCGUUCAGGAACAUCAAAGAGUGCCUAUGUUCGACGCCCUUCGAUCGUUUCAGGAGAAAGUUUCACUGUUGGAGCUGCGGGGAGGUGUUCUGCAUACGUUGCAUAGACAAGAGGCUGUGUCUACCAGGCCACCUGACCAAGCGACCCGUCCCGGUCUGUCGGCACUGCUACAAGGAGCUCACCCACACCAAUUCGAUUGACUCUUAGGCGGCUCUCGUCACUGCUACUCUAUUGCCGCCACCGCUACGAUAACAAUGCUAUGAAAACGGCGCACGUCGCGAGGCUCGCGGAAAGGGAGGUUGAGCAGCGCCGUUUCGUUUGUGUAUAGAGCGCACAGGGUUGUGAUUGGGUUCGUUGGAACACUGGGGAAGGUUGCGGUAGGUGCUGCCACCUUUGGGCGUUUCUGCUGGUUCUAGGUGGCAGCUGGUGGGUGGGAUUGGGGGGGUGCGGGGAUUUGAUAAGGGAGGUGGCCUUUCUGGGUCCCGGAAAAGCUGGUGCUCAAAAGGAAACUCCCGUUUUGAGCCUUCCCUUCACCCUCCCUCCUGUUUUGUUCGGAGGGAGUGGUCUCGGUGAAAAAGAGAGAAUGUUGUUGAGAGCGUGCGUAAAUGGAGAGGUGAUGGUGAUGCGUCCUGUGCUCUGGGCUGAUGUGUUUAUAUUUGGCUUUGAAGAACAAUGCUAUGCAAAAGAAAAAAAAGGGAUCCUUCUAUAUGAACCUGCUGCCGACACCGCAGGUAUCACACUGACUACUUGUAGGGGUGGGAGAGGCAAUUCGUUUUGCUUUAGCGUCGUGUUUUACUUUGUCGUACUCCCCGUUUUAGGAUAGCUCGCGGCCCUGGUUUGCCUCGCCUUUUUUUGUUCCGGCGCCAGGCAUGCAGCGCGCUUUUCUCCUUCGAGAGAGAAUCGCCGGUCAACAAGAGAGGAUCAAAGCCGUUUGAUUUUAUAAGAUUAUCUCGUGAAGUUUUCGAUCAUACCCGAGUUUAGGAUUGUCCUAUUUAUGGCCCUUAAGAGGCUUUUUUUUGUGUAACUUGAAGCUUUCCAUGUUUGAAGGCAUGUCCCUUGCGGAUUUCGGUUUCGCCGAGCCUAAGCGGGAGGCACGGUUUUUCUAGUCAUGUGUCUCGGAAAUUUUAUUUUAUUUUUUCUUCCGGUAGUAGAGCUAGAUUAUGUGUUGCUAUUGUACAAGGAUGUCUACCCUUCCUUUGCCUCAAAACCUUUGAUCGCGGUGUUUUAUUCGUUUUACGUUUUUAAUUAACGCCUGUAACAUAAUGCUCCCCACGAGUCAUGAUUACAACACUUUUACUUGUUCGGGCAUGCAAAGCCCCUCCGUCUAAACCGCCAACAACGGCCUAUUCCAAGCGAUCGUUUCCCCCCUUUUUUUUUGUUUUUUUAGUUACACAUUCCAGCAAUGCGUGUGCUACGAGAUUGAGGUCCUCUUCCCGUGUACAGAUUGUCUAAAAGUUUAAAACAUCUAAGCUAGUCUCGUUUUUAAACAAUGUACACCUUCCCGACCAACCUUGCGGAAGAGCCUCGUCGCCAAGGUUUUACCCCCCCCCCUGGCAAAGGCGCACUGGAAUGGCGUUCGUGCGAGUCGCCAGUUGUGGAACGUGUUAUUAUUCGUGCCUGUUGCACCUAUACAAUCAUAACACUACACACACACAACAGCUACUACCGUCUUGCGUGUCAACAGACCCUUUUUGAAAGAGACUUCCGUACCUCUUUCCCUGUGCCGGAGCGCGACCUUUGUCGAACCCGGCGCCUUGAGCAGCGACCAUGUAAACCCCUCCGCAAAGUAAGCCGCAACAGUUGUGUGACUUCGUCUGUGACCUUGGGAUCGGCUCAAUUUCUCUACAGUUACUCUGGCCGUCAACCGCUUUGUACUUAAUCCUGGAGACGAUAAUCGAGAGUGAAGCACUCGAACUUGCAUUCGUGGAGAAAAUAAGUUAGAGCGCACGACCACCCUUUGUACGGUGUGGCGCCGAGCAAAGGCCAAGUGGGGGUAUGAUGGCGAGAAGCAAAAGUUAAUUGGAGUCUGAUGGCACCGUGCGAAAGAAGAAACUCACUUGGCGCCACGGGCGAGGUCAUAUGCGUUUGUGCACUUGUUUCUCCUGUCCGCGACUGUACUGCCCGUACAGGCAUCUUUUGCUGGGACGACGGUGUUUUUCUAAACAUGCGUUUACGGAGAAUUGCAUUUGUAAGCACGGAUGCAGGUAGGCUAAAUGAGUCUUGUUUGUUUUCUUUUGCUGUUUUAUAUUUUUUGCGGCGGUAUCGCGAGUUUCAUUGAUUAUGGUGAAACGAGUGUCGAGUCUCGAUCAGAAACUGCGACGAGAGAUUUACAUGCAGGAUGGGAGAACUUUAUUUACUUCGAAUAAUUUAACUAAGUUUCCGGUUUCUUUCGGUGAUAUUGUGGUCUUGUCACACCCCGAGUUUUUGCGACUGUUUUGUAUGUACAUAAAAUGGAACGAAAAUAUACUCUUGCAUAGCAUUGAAUGCA